UAGGAAGCCUCUUCCUCUGCCGCCGCUGCUGGGGCAUGGGCAGCCUCUCUGCCUGGGGGGGCAAAGCCCUCUUUCAGGGCUUGUUUCUCGGGGUCCAGGCACCCCUGCGAAUGGCCCCUGUCCUGGCCCUGCACUCCUGCUGCAGCUGGGCCUGCCCAGCCCCCUGGGGCACUGGCUCCAAGCCCCCCGGGGGCUCCCUUCUGCGUGGCCUCCUGGCCAGGAGGCCGCCCUGCCCUUGCCAGGCCUCGGGCUCUGCUUUCAACAUGCCCCCCAGCGCUGAAGACACGGCCAGGCCCGUGGGGAUAUGCUCCAUGUUCAGACUGCCCGUGUGGGAUUCGGCUGAAGGGCUGGAUGUGGCGUUCGUGGGGGUCCCUCUGGACACCGGGACCUCCAACCGCCCUGGGGCCAGGUUUGGCCCUCGCCACCUCCGUGCUGAGUCAGCCAUGAUGCGUGCUUUCAACCCAAGCACCGGGGCAGAUCCCUACCACUCGCUCCUGGUUGCCGACAUUGGGGACGUCCACGUCAACCUGUAUGAUCUGAAGGACAGCUGCCGGCAAAUCCGGGAAGCCUUUCGGAAGAUUGUGGCGGGCAGCUGCAUCCCCCUCACACUGGGCGGAGACCACACGAUCACAUACCCCAUCCUGCAGGCAAUGGCAGAAAAGCAUGGCCCGGUGGGACUGGUCCAUGUGGAUGCUCAUACCGACACUGGUGACCGUGCCCUGGGGGAACGGAUCUACCAUGGCACCCCAUUCCGGCGCUGCGUGGAAGACGGGCUGCUCGAUUGCCAGCGGGUCAUUCAGAUUGGGAUCCGGGGGUCCUCCUACUCUCCAGAUCCAUACAAGUUUUGCUGGGAUCAGGGUUUCCGGGUGGUACUGGCGGAAGACUGCUGGAUGAAGUCGCUGGUCCCAUUGAUGGCGGACGUGAGGAAGCAGAUGGGGGACAAGCCUGUGUACAUCAGCUUUGACAUUGACGGGCUGGAUCCGGCCUACGCCCCUGGCACGGGGACCCCUGAGAUUGCGGGUCUCACCCCAGCCCAGGCCCUGGAGAUCAUCCGAGGCUGCCGAGGGUUACGCAUCGUGGGGGGGGACCUUGUAGAAGUCGCUCCCGUGUACGAUCCUUCUGGUAACACAGCUCUCCUGGGGGCAAACCUGCUCUUCGAAAUGCUGUGCGCCCUCCCCGGGGUGAAGACGGUGCAGUCCCAUUCCCAAAAUGUCUGAUUUUGUGCUCAGAGAAUAGAAGGGGAUUCCACCCGUCCCCGCAGUAUCCUACCCUUGCAAUACCCGUACGAGGCACCUUUGGACUCCUGUUUUUAGAACACCAAGUUGCUAGUCCUUAAUGCUGCAGCAAAAGGAAAAACUGGCAAGAGACAGGGUCCUGGUAGUUUCCAUCAGUCCUUUCAGGAAGGUGGGGAGACCAAAGAUGCAUCCAGCAACACCCGCUGAGUCCCGUUUUUCCCCCAAGAAGGCAAUGCUUUGCAGGAGAAGCACAGGGAAGGUUCACUGGGGGACGGGAUUUAUUGAGAGGAUGGUAGGAACCCAGAUCCAAGGAAGAUGCAGCUGCCCCUCAGACUCCCUCGGGACACGCAGGAGCUGAUGCAGCUCACGUUUGGUGCAACGUCCCUUUUCCAGCCCUCCGUCUCAGCCAAGGCCCCUGAUGCAUCAUGCAAGAACAGGGCCCCUAAGUGAAUCCCGCCCAGCGCAAAGGAUUUCCAGUGUGGACGCAGCCACCAAGGAGCAGCUGGACAGUCCCCGCUGGCUAAUUAAAGUUGAGGUUGCAUCAUCUUGUGGUCAGACAUUAAAAUAGUUUAUUUCAGCUUCAAACUGGUUAAGAGUCUUAAAGCAAAGCAGACCCAAAAUAAAGGUAGUGCUUGUUCACAGAUACCCAGAAAGAAGGGGGG